AUGAGACGAUGUGUUAUGGGAGCUCGUAUGUUUGCCUUUCAUAGCUGUCUGUACAAUUCUAUGCGUCCUGUUUAUUGCUCCAAGGUGAAUUUAUUUGAGAAAAUCCGGCCGUCGACUACUGAUCCAAUUGCGGAAUGCUUGCAAUAUGAGAGGAAAUCACCAAUAGAACAUAUUCUUCUUCGUCCUGAUACGUACGUUGGAUCCACAGUUCCUGCCGAGGACCCAGUAGGCUUUUUCUCCCCGCAACUUUGUUAUUUUCUUGCCUUUUAUGAUGUGUGGGUGAUUUCCGAUGGUGGUCUACACGCCGUUCAGAUGUCUUUAACGUAUUCGUCAGCACUUCUGAAGAUUUUCGAUGAAAUUCUUGUGAACGCAGCCGACAACAAGCAGAGGGAUGCACAAAUGGACGAAAUAAAAGUCAAUGUCGACCGGUGA